UCGCCGAAAUCAGGAUAUUUGGAGAGAGAAGGAAAGUAACACGAUGGUGCUACAUUGUAUGAAUUUUAGGAACAUAACUUGUAUCCUAUUCUGAGCAACACUGAUGAAAGCGACGUAUAUAUUUUUCCUUAAAGAACUCAGAUAGGAUGGCGUCACAGGAAGGGGGGGAGCCACCACCUAACGGCAGCCAAUCAGACAGCCGGUUGAAGAGCAAGAAGCCGCCCAGCCUGGUCAUAGCCAUCCCUGCGCCAGAGGAAGAAGAGAGGGUUGAAGAGGGAGAUGAAACGGUCAAGCAGCCCCUGCGUUCGUCCCUGAAGAAGAGUGAGAGCCAGCAGCAGGCCAGUCCUCUGUCUGACAGUGGUGCUGAUGGUGGUGGUGGUCACUCUGUUGGGGACAGGAGGGCAGCCUUUCACAGACAGACCUCCCUGUCUCAGAGCAUACGCAAGAGUACAGCCCAAGUUACAGCCCAAGCAGCUGGUUGGUUCGGGGUGGGUGAGGACUGUGAGACCAAGCAGCAGCUAUGGCAGAGGAAGAGCCUGCGCCACUGCAGCCAGCGCUACGGCAAGCUCAAGGCCCAGUACAGAGAGCCGGAGCUCCCCAUCAGCAUGGACCAGGGCCUGGACUCACCCGCUGCAAACAAGAUUCCCAAGAUUGUGGACCCCCUAGCGCGGGGGCGAGCGUUCCGCUACCCGGAUGAGACGGACCGACCUCCCCGUACCCCCCACACGGGACCUGUCACCCCGCGGUUCUCCUCCCAGCGUUCCAGGGGCUACGCCCACCUGCCCCGGCGCAAGAGGGAGUCUGUUGCCCGCAUGAGUAUACGAGCAGCGUCCAACCUACUCAGGGGUCGUUCAGGUCCAGUGGACUCCCAGACAAGUCGUAGUUUCCACCGGCGGAGCUUCGCCCGGCCCAGCUUGCUGGAUGAGGAUACUGUGGACUCGGCAGACACUCACGAGUCUGUCUUCUUCAGCAAGGUGGAUGCCCAUGAUGAGUUGUACUCCAUGGCUGAUGAUGUGUUCGAGUCUCCCCCUAUGUCGGCUUCCUAUGGAGGUCACCAUGAGCCCUACCAGAGCCUGGACGUGUCUAAAACCCCCACCAUGCAUAUUGAGAAGGCCAGGUCACAGCAGCGGGGGCGUCGUAUCGCCUCCCAGGUCAAGCACUUUGCCUUUGACAAGCGCAAGCGGCAGUACGGCAUGGGCGUGGUGGGCAAGUGGCUCAACCGUCACUACCGCCGCAGCAUCAGCAGCCAGGUGCAGAAACAGCUGGACGACUUCAGCAGCCACAGACCGUACUUCACCUACUGGAUCACCUUUGUCCACAUGGUCAUCACCAUCCUGGCCUGUGCUACCUAUGGCUUUGCCCCUGUGGGGUUCGCCCAACACUCCACCACUGAACUGGUGUUGAAGAACAAGGGCAUCUAUGAGAGUGUCAAGUUCAUCCAGCAGGAGAACUUCUGGAUCGGCCCCGGCUCUGAGGACCUAAUCCACCUUGGGGCCAAGUUCUCCCCGUGUAUCCGCAAGGACAGCCAGAUAGUCAGUCUCAUCCAGAAAGCCAAGGACCAGGAGAGAGAGUCAGGCUGCUGUGUACAGAACGACAACUCGGGCUGUGUCCAGACCCUCAGCAACGACUGCUCGGAGUCAUUGGCCACCUUCAUGAAAUGGAGGAAUGAAUAUGUGGACAUUCUGAGGUCAUCAGGCUCUGUGUGCCACCAGGACCCCAGGACCUGUGAAGAGCCCGCCUCAGCAGAGCCUCACAUCUGGCCCGAUGACAUCACACAUUGGCCGAUCUGUACCUCCCCACGCAAGACGAACCUGACAGGCUACAGACACAUGGACUGUAACCUCAAGGGACGACCCUGCUGCAUAGGCACUAAGGGCCGGUGUGAGAUCACUACGAGAGAGUACUGCUCCUUCAUGCACGGUUACUUCCACGAGGAGGCCACCCUGUGCUCCCAGAUCCACUGUCUGGAUGAUGUGUGUGGCCUCCUGCCCUUCCUCAACCCUGACGUCCCCGACCAGGUCUACAGGCUGUGGCUCUCCUUGUUCCUACAUGCAGGCCUCCUCCACUGCCUGGUGUCAGUAGUGUUCCAGAUGACUAUCCUAAGAGACCUGGAGAAGCUGGCUGGCUGGGUCCGCAUCUCCAUCGUCUACGUCCUCUCUGGCAUCACCGGCAACCUGGCCAGCGCCCUCUUCCUCCCCUACAGAGCUGAGGUUGGCCCAGCUGGCUCCCAGUUCGGGCUGCUUGCCUGCCUGUUUGUGGAACUCAUCCAGGGCUGGCAGAUGCUGGAGAAGCCGUGGAAGGCCUUCCUCAAACUGGUGGGCAUCGUCUUCUUCCUGUUCCUGUGUGGCUUGCUGCCCUGGAUCGACAACAUUGCCCACAUCUUCGGCUUCCUCAGCGGCCUGCUGCUCUCCUUCGCCUUCCUGCCCUACGUGACGUUCGGCGACUUCGACAAGUACCGAAAGCGUGUCCUCAUCCUGCUAUCGCUGCUGGUCUACCUGGGCCUGCUCUCCUCGCUGGUCGUCUGGUUCUAUAUCUACCCCAUCAACUGGCACUGGCUGGAGCACCUCACCUGCCUGCCCUUCACCAGCAAGUUCUGCGAGAAGUACGACAUCGACCAUGUGGUGCACUAGGCUAGCACUCACUAAAGCACUAGCGGUUAAUGCUAGCUGGCUUUAAAGCCUGGACAUUCACUGAAAUGCUAACAGCUAAUGCGAGGCUUUAGAACCUGGACAGGAAGCGCAGUGGAAAAUACUUUUAAGGGAAACAGAACUUGAAAGGGAGAGCGCAUCUGGUUCGUAUGCCCGUAAGCACCCAGGGUAUCUACGCACAUUGACUUCAACACUGUAAAGCUAUGCUAGUUCCUCUGGAGAGAGCGACUCAGUCUGAGCGUGGUGUUAAAGUGGACUUGGAAGACGACAGAGGAUAUCCGACCCUAUCGGUUCAUAAACUAUCACGUUAAUACUACAGAGGCCUCUUAUGUGUUACCUUUUGUACUCAUUUUCUACAACACUGGAGGUAUCUAACACUACGUGAUAUAGCAUUUCAUUAUGUUCAGAUACUUUGAAUUAGCUGUUCAUGUGAGCAUUUCACUAUGCUAUUGAAUACAAGUCAUUCAGUCUGCCACUGGCUGGAGCAUUGUUUCAACUUGAACCUAGUUUUGUGUGCUUUUCAUUACUUUUCCAUGGCACUAUUUUGGGGACCAGUUAAGAGUUAAGAAUUUCUUCCAAUAGCAGUUGCCUUUCACAUCGAAUUAUACUGUACAGACAGUUUCAAUAGAAUGGUGUUAUUGUAUCUGUAAAUGAUGGUGUGACCUUCCAAAUCCUGCCUUCCAUUCUGCCUAGGUUAUUUGUAUCAACUGCCACAGGUGCUAGAUAAAUAUACAUCUAACUAAUUCCAAUUGAACUGUGUCACUGCCCCAAAGACAAGCUGUUUGUCCUACGGAAGGCUUUUCAGUUUAAACUGUGUCACUGCCCCAAAGACAAGCUGUUUGUCCUACGGAAGGCUUUUCAGUUUAAGGGCACUACUAAUUAAACACGUUGACUUGUUCUGGCCAUAAUUGUGCCAUAUCACUGGACAUUGUGUUUUAUAGCUUUGAUACUCAAACAUUAAUUACACGUAAUAUCGUAAGAAUAUAGGAUCUGACUGACAGACCAGAAGGCAGUAUGUGAUCGGAUUGUGCAAACUAGAAAGUCCAUGUUGUUUCACUUCAAACUACGAUGUGCCUGCACUAUAUCUACUGUAAUAUAUAUAUUAGUAAUUAUAGCACUUGAGGGAUAUCAGAGCAAAUUACCACUUAUCAAUGUGUUAUGUGUAUAUAUUUCAAAGCCGAACGAGAAUCUGUGUACUGCGUGCCUUGAUCAAUGGCCAUUGAUUCACGAAAGGCUGCUAGUCACUCUUGCCAUUACUGAUAUCAAAAUGGCCAACAGAGUUUCUGCCAUCCUGGCCUGGUCCUGGUCUCUUGGAUUAUGACCCUCUCCUCUGGCAGGUGUCCACUCUUCACUGCUUAGGAUGUUUCCUGAGAGGUGGAUUUACUAUGCUUUGUUAAGUCACUUCACUCACCAGCAGUCAACUGGUGGUCGUUAAUGGCCGACUAUGUCUUCAUAGUGGUUUUGGUUGGACGAUCGUUGAGUACUGUUUCACGUUGUUUUGUCAUGUGGGCAUUUAAAUGGUUGUGAACUUGUUUCAUUUGCUAGGAGUCUGUCCCUCCAUUUUCUUUUGAUGUGAACACUUUAGCACAGUCUGGUCCUCUUCAUAGGAAUUCACAGUGCCUUCUGAAAUGUGUGUAAGCCUUGAAUUUGAGUGUCUGUAAAUCGGCAAGCAAAAAUAUGUAAAUGCAUUUGGACCAAAUUGAUUAGUUAUUUAUUGGAUUAAAAAAAUAAUACUUUGGAAUUUGCUCUUUUACUGAGAUAUUGUGAUAUAUUAUUGCUGCAGUUUAAGAUGUUACACUUACGUGUAUGUACAAAUUCAGACGAUGUUCUUAAAAAUAAAUAUACAUUUAAUCAUG